CAGACUUCAGAGCGAGUUCGACUCGUCUACCAAUUCAUCAAAUUCAAUCUCAACAAUGGGGAGGAAGAAGAAGUUCAUCGACAAGAAAAAGUCAGCAACUUUCCAAUUAAUCGCUCGUGAUUCCUCCGAUCCGAAUUACACCGAAGGACCCUCUGGUGACCGAGUAUUCGUCAGAGUUGACGGCAACUCAGAGCAACCCUUUUUCGACGAACAUGACGGUGAGCUGAGUGAUGGAGAUGACCCUAAUGGAAUAUUCGAUGACGCUCCUGAAGAUUACAGUGGUGAAGAAUCCGGCGGCCGGGGUAGGCAGACUACUGCGGGAAGGCUGGGAAGAGGAUCUUCGUUACCUGAUCAUUUGAGAAGGGAAAUAUUGGAAUUAGGGUUUCCGGAUGAUGGCUACAAUUACUUGUCUCAUCUGAGGGACAUUAAGGAUACCGGAGGUGGUUCAGCGUAUUACCAGAACCCUAAGGCGGUGCUUGACCAGCUACCUCGUGAUGUAAAGGCAUACGAUGCAUCUAGAAUCGAGGUUUCCAAGGCUAAUGAUGAGAAUUCAUACAAAAAUUCAAUCUAUGGGGUUGCAGUGAACACAGUUCCUGUUAGGAUCCAAAAAGCCAUUGAUCCGGAAGUGGCAGCAUUGCUGGAUGAUAGCGAUGUAUCACGUUUUGGUUCAGAUGUUGAAGACUUGGAAGAAGAUUUCGUCUUCAAUGCAAACCUUCCAGAUGAAUCAGAAGAUGUGGAACACGACAACAAGUUUACUUUCAUAGGAGAAUCUAGUUUAAACAGCAAGAAAGAAGAACAUCAUACCCACUCACAAGAUAAAAUUGUUGAAAGUUCUGGUAUUAAUGAGGUCAAAAAUCACAAUCUUGAAACUGUGGUUUCUUCAAAACCCAGAGAACGUCGACUUUUAGAUGAACAGUUUGAUCUGCUUGAACUUCAGGAAUAUGGUACAGAAAGUGAAGACGAAUUUGAAAAUGCCACAUCAGAAGAUGAUGAGUUCUAUGAUUCUCUUGAAUCAAAGCUCAAUAAUGUGACAUUAAACCCUAAAACCAAUACAUUGGAAAACGAUGAAAACUAUAAAGUUUUAGUACACGAAAAAGACAUGGAAGAAGAACCAGUUUCACUAGAAACAGCAGCUGAUUUAAGACCUCGUUGCAUAGAAUAUGCUGAAAAUUUUGAAAAUGAAAACGAUAAAGAAGAUGUGGUUUAUGAGGAAAGUAGUAGCGAUGAAUCUGAAAAAUGGGAUUGUGAGACGAUUAUUACAACAUACUCAAAUCUUGAUAAUCACCCUGGAAAGAUUCAAGAUCCGGGUGUGAAGAGAAAAAGGUUGACUGAAAAAGUGGUCAACGCAUUUGGAAAUCCAACUCAUGUGAUUUCUUUGAAAGGGAAAGAGAGGAUUCCGGUUGACUUUUUACCAAAUGGGAGGAAUGGAAUUGGAGAUGGUGGGAAAGAGAAGAGUAAAGUGAAGAAUUUGGUGAAACCGAAGAAAGUAAUUGGUCAAGAGUCAAAGGAGGAAAAGAAAGAACGAAAGGCUGCAUUGAAGGAGGAAAGAAGAGAAGCAAGACGUGCAAAGAAAGACAUGAAGGAGUUAUACAAAGGUGAAUCACAACAAGCUCAGAAAGUUGCUGCUUUCACUCCCCCAUCUUCUAUUCAUCUUAUGUAAACUAAAAUAUCAUCAUGUAACAAUUUCUUUUAUUUAUAUCUUGUCAGACUGUUAAAAUUUUGAUUUUUUUUUUUACUUGUGUUGGCCUUUUUACUGAA